UUUUUCCUAUUCUUUUUUUUGGGUUUUCUUCAAUUAUUGCGGCAAAAAAUGAGUGAAGAAGUGCAGAAACACUCUGUCCACACCCUCGUGUUUCGCUCCCUGAAGCGCACCCAUGAUAUGUUCCUGGCAAAUCAGGCUUAUCUGCCGAUGCUCAAAGACGACACUGCGGAAAAACUGCGGAAAGCCGUUAAGGCACGAGAUGGCUAUGGAUUGGUAUUUGAUCGUGUGCAAACGGUCAAGGCACAGAAGGUGAAUCACAGUGAACGUGGGGGAGGUCAUCAGAGCCAUCCGGAAGAACCUCUGGCCAUCACAGCAGCCCCUUCGGCGAAUUCCCAGAGCUCUGCCCUUGUGCCUGUUAGUCAGAAUACACCAUUCUCCCAACCAGCUGGUGGACAAAUGCAGCUUAUCCCCAAGAAAGCACCCUCAAUCCCCAAGCCCAAAUGGCAUCCACCGUGGAAGCUCUAUCGUGUCAUUUCGGGACAUCUUGGGUGGGUGCGCUGUGUUGCUGUGGAGCCGGGAAAUGAAUGGUUUGCAACUGGAGCUGCAGAUCGUGUCAUAAAGAUCUGGGAUUUAGCCAGUGGGAAGCUAAAACUCUCCCUAACUGGCCACGUGAGCACUGUGCGUGGGUUAGCUGUAAGCUCUCGCCACCCUUAUCUCUUCAGCUGCGGGGAAGAUCGUCAGGUUAAGUGCUGGGAUUUGGAGUACAAUAAAGUCAUCCGGCACUAUCAUGGGCACCUCUCAGCCGUCUACACGAUGGCACUUCAUCCCACAAUUGACAUCCUGGCAACAGCUGGACGUGAUUCAACAGCACGCAUCUGGGAUAUGCGUACAAAGGCCAACAUUCACACCCUCACAGGGCACACAAACACCGUGGCCAGCGUUGUGGCUCAAACGGCAAAUCCCCAAAUAAUCACCGGAAGUCACGACUCCACAAUCCGCCUGUGGGACUUGGCGGCCGGGAAGAGUGUGUGCACACUCACGAAUCACAAGAAGAGCGUCCGGAAUCUCGUCAUUCAUCCCUCACUGUACAUGUUUGCAUCCGCAUCGAGUGACAACAUUAAGCAGUGGCGCUGCCCUGAAGGGAAUUUCAUUCAAAACCUCUCCGGACACAGUGCCAUCGUGAACUGCAUGGCCGUCAAUCCGGAAGGUGUUCUCGUGUCCGGCGGCGACAAUGGGACCCUCCACUUCUGGGAUUGGCGCACCGGCUACAACUUCCAACGUGCCCAAGCACCCGUUCAACCCGGCUCAAUGGACAGCGAAGCUGGCAUCUUUGCCAUGAGUUUCGAUCAAUCCGGCUCACGUCUCAUCACUGCCGAAGCCGAUAAAACCAUCAAAAUCUACCGGGAGGAUGAUGAAGCCACCGAAGACACGCAUCCCAUCAACUGGCGUCCGGACAUAAUAAAACGACGAAAGUUCUAAAACAAAAACCCCGAAGAUUCUGAAACAAGAAUAAAAUGUACGGGUAAGCUGACCAAGCUUACGAGAGCUGUGUUUC